AUGUCUGACAGAGAACUAGUGGAAAUCUUCGUGUCGAGGGGAGGCGAAGGACGUGGGUUGAAGAAGGUUUUCGAUGAACUCUGCGAGAAAGGGGACAAAUGCAUCAGCCGCAAAAGUUUCCUCCGUUUUUUGCAAGUUUUUCAACGCGAUCCACGAUUAAAUGAGGCUCGCGUCGAUAUCACUUUCCAAGUCUUCGUUCACUACCUGUGGAGCGACUUCUGUGCCGAUUCCCUGAAUAUUUCUCAAGAGCAGGUGGAGGAUUCAAUGCAUGAACCACUACCGAGCUACUACAUCAAUUCUUCGCACAAUACGUACUGCAUAGGAGCUCGGCUGUUCCCUUCCUCCGGCCAUAGAGAGGCUAUUGCUGACGUCGAAAUAUACAGACAGGUACUUCUGUCGGGUUGCAGAUGCGUUGAAUUGGACUGUUGGGACGGCUCCGAUGGGCCCGUCGUUACCCAUGGUCCAACAGCUGUCAUGCGAAUGAAUGAAAUCCCACUCAAGGUAGUUUGUGUGGCUAUCGACGAGUGCGCGUUCAAGGUAUCACCCUAUCCUGUUCUUUUAUCAAUUGAAAACCAUCUGAGCCAGCACCAACAAAAACUCAUGGCACAGAUAUUCCGAGAUACUUUCGGAUCCAAGCUGCUCACCGAUCCUCUCGACACUCAUCCGGUUCGCUCGAGUUUUUGA